CCUCUUCUUCCUCCUCCCCCCGGGGGUGUCUGGCAGGUGCCACUGGAGGACGAGUCAGUGGACGUGGGGGUCUUCUGCCUGGCGCUGAUGGGCACCAACCUGCAGGAGAUCCUGGAGGAGGCCAACCGCGUGCUGAAGCCGGGCGACCCUGGUCCCGCUCUGGGGCUGCCCCCCGUGUUCCUGGGCUCCGUGUGGACUCUCCCUCUCUGCCCUCAGGAGCUGAAGGGCUUCAACUCUCUGGACGACCUGCUCCACGUCAAAGGCAUCACCACGCGCAUCCUGGAGCUGAACAGCCAGCGCAUCACCUGCCGCAGGAGGCCCAGCAGCGAGGAGCCCCCCCGGGCCCCCCCCGGGCUGCAGGGGGACAGCAAAGCUCCGGCAACGCGGUCUGAGCCCCUCACCCCUCUCCCCUGCUGCAGGGGGGCCUCUGUCCCUUGGGCCCUGACUGUCACCUCCCUGCUGUGUCCCCAGACCCCGGGACGGGUGCGGAGCUGCCAGACAGACCUGACCCCCCUCCCUGUCUCGCAGGUGGUGGCCGAGGAGGAGGAGGACGUUUCGGGGCGCUGGCAGCCGGAGCGCUCCGGGAAGGGCAGCCCCGGGUCGGGCCCCGCGGCUGAUGGCUCCGGGGGGCGAGGGGCGCAGGACCCCGUCAGCUCCGGGCUCUGCGGGGAGCAGGAGGAGGAGGAGGAGGAAGAGGAGGAGGACGGGAGCUGCUGCAGCGAGGAAGGGGAGGACGGCAGCAACGUCUACUUCUACUACACCAUCGGGGAGCGCUGGAUCGACUACCUGCAGCGGACGGAGGACGGGGGGCUCCUGCGCCACGUGCGGCCCAAGAUGAAGCGGAAGUCGGAGAACGGCCUGGACGGCAGAGCCCUGUCCCCGGGCAAGAAGCUGUGCAAGGGCUCCGAGUUCGGCAGGACGCUGGGUCCCUGCACCCCCAGCCCCACCACCACCUUCGGGGACCUGCGCAACGCCAAGACGGGCCAGGGCCGCCGCCGCCGCAUCCCCUCGGUGGUGCCUCCCCCCGAGCUGCAGGACUGGCUCCGCACCUUCCAGCGGUGGAGCGGCCCCGAGAAGCUGCUGGCCCUGGACGAGCUCAUCGACCGCUGCGAGCCCUCCCAGAUCAAGUACAUGAUGCAGGUGAUCGAGCCCCAGUUCCAGAGAGACUUCAUCUCCCUGCUGCCCAAGGAGCUGGCGCUCUACGUCCUCUCCUUCCUGGAGCCCCGGGACCUGCUCCGGGCGGCCCAGACCUGUCGCUACUGGAGGGUCCUGGCUGAGGACAACCUGCUCUGGAGGGAGAAGUGUCGCGAGGAAGGCAUCGAGGAGCCCUUGAACCUGCGGAAGCGUCGCCUGCUGAGCCCCGGGUUCAUGUACAGCCCCUGGAAGUUCGCCUUCAUGCGGCAGCACAAGAUCGACAUGAACUGGCGCAGCGGGGAGCUGAGAGCCCCCAAGGUGCUGAAGGGACAUGAUGACCACGUCAUCACCUGCCUGCAGUUCUGCGGCAACCGGAUCGUCAGCGGCUCCGACGACAACACCCUCAAGGUCUGGUCGGCGGUCACCGGGGAGUGUGUGCAGACCCUGGUGGGACACACGGGGGGCGUCUGGUCCUCCCAGAUGAGGGACAGCGUCGUCAUCAGCGGCUCCACCGACCGGACGCUGAAGGUGUGGAACGCGGACACGGGGGAGUGCGUGCACACGCUCUACGGGCACACCUCCACCGUGCGCUGCAUGCACCUCCACGGAAACAGGGUGGUGAGCGGCUCGCGGGACGCCACGCUGCGGCUGUGGGACAUCGAGACGGGGCAGUGCCUGCACGUGCUGAUGGGGCACGUGGCGGCCGUGCGCUGCGUGCAGUACGACGGGCACAAGGUGGUGAGCGGCGCCUACGACUACACCGUCAAGGUGUGGGACCCCGAGAGCGAGAGCUGCACCCACACCCUGCAGGGACACACCAACCGCGUCUACUCCCUGCAGUUCGACGGGACGCACAUCGUCAGCGGGUCCUUGGACACCUCCAUCCGCGUGUGGGACGUGGAGAGCGGGAACUGCCUCCACACCCUGAUGGGCCACCAGUCGCUGACGAGCGGCAUGGAGCUGCGGGACAACAUCCUGGUGUCGGGCAACGCCGACUCCACCGUCAAGAUCUGGGACAUCAAGACGGGCCAGUGCCUGCAAACGCUGCAGGGGCCCAGCAAGCACCAGAGCGCUGUCACCUGCCUGCAGUUCAGCUCCAAGUUCGUGGUGACCAGCUCGGACGACGGCACCGUGAAGCUCUGGGACCUCAAGACGGGGGAGUUUGUGCGGAACCUGGUGGCCCUGGAGAGCGGGGGCAGCGGGGGGGUGGUGUGGCGCAUCCGCGCCUCCAACACCAAGCUGGUGUGCGCCGUGGGCAGCCGCAACGGCACCGAGGAGACCAAGCUGCUGGUGCUGGACUUCGACGUGGACCUCAAGUGAAGCCGGCGGGGUCCCGGCUGGGGUGGGGGGACCCCGCGGGCUCUGGGGUAGCCGCUGGGCUCGGUGGGGCUGGCCCCGGAGCAGGCGCUACCCCCCCGCGGGCUGUAAAUACCGUUUGCAGCUCAAUGGGCCUUAUUUAUAGACGCGUGACCCCCCCGCGGGAGCCAGGCCCGGCGGGGGCACUGUACAGAGGAAGCAGCAUGUUUUGUACACACUAAUAUAUCGAUCUAUUUCUGUA